AUGGCUGCGCUGUUGGAUGGGGACGGGCUGCUGCUGCUGCUGCACGACAAGGAGCGCCAGCGCCUGACCCCCGCACAGAGGAAGGAGAAGAAGGCGAGAGCAAAUAAGAGGCACGGGCAGAGACUGCGCAAACAGUUCACGUCACCGUACAUCUUCACGGCCAACAUUGUGGAUGGCGCGGUUGUUGUGCCCAAGCCGCUGCCGUCCCGCAGGCCCGAGCUGCUCAAGCUGGCCAAGGAAAUCAACUUUUGCCCGUACACCAGGGAGGACAUAGCGGCGAUGUUUCGGGGGAACUACAAGGAUACGUACAACCUCCACCACGCAGUGGAAGCCAUGCGGAUUGUUGAUGAGCACGGCAAGAGCGGCUACGACUACGCAGCGGAAGCCAGGGUGGCCACCAUGCGGGAGGUUGAUGAGCACGACAAGAGCGGCUACGACUACGCAGUGGAAGCCAUGCGGAUUGUUGAUGAGCACGGCAAGACCGGCUACCAGCGCAGAGUUGAGACCAAGCGGCGGAGCAAAGAGGGGCGGGCUGCUGUUGCAGAAGCCCUAGCAGCAGGAGCAGCAGCGCUGGCAGCACCCGCGGGGCCGGUUCUGUCUUCGGCACCCGCGCUGGCAGCUUUCGCAGCAGCAUACUUCCCAUCGUAG